AGUGUUCGUUUAUUAUUUUAAAUAUUAUCUACUGAUAUCGCAAUAAUAAUAACAAUAUUUGUGAGCAGUGACUGUGUUUGAGUGCGCGUAUUAAUUUCUAUUUGACAAUAAUUUUUUUCUCUUCCCCCGUUUGGGAAAAUCAUUAUCGCGGUGACGAUAGUACGAUAGAAACAGUUGAGAUUCCUUAAGAGCAAUGGAGAGAGCGAAGACACCAGAGGACAAGGGCCAAGUUCGCGAAACACUGGACGAGAUCUCCACACGCGCAGAUCGCUUCCCUUCUGAGGCCUCGUUGCCGCUCGUGGAUGCAAGAGAUUGCGAGCCAUCUUCGACGUCCAGCCAUCAGAGCCGGGCCUCCUCGCCCUGCAAUGAAACAGUUAACCAGCAGAAUCGUGAAUGUCUUCAUGUCUCGAGGUCGCCGGAAAAUGAAUUAAAAAAAAAAACCAUGACUAUCGAUGACUUUAAAUUACUUGGGUGGACUGCACUUCUUCCACCGCCACCAACAAACUCGGGUGGUCUUUCUUCCCCGAAUUUAGAAGCCACUUCACAAUCUAGCAUACGAAAACGCAUGCAGCUUGAGCACUUCGAAACAAUACCUUUGAUACCAGAGGUGACAGACUUCAGUGAUACUAACAGAUCGCAAAAUAUUAGCACAAGUUGUCCAAUUGAAUCAAUAUCGCCAAAUAAAAGGCGAAGGCUGGAGGAAACAUUGAAAUAUAAUAGAACUCUAGAUGUUGCCCUGAAAGAUUUAAGUCAAAAUCAACUGAUUGAUAUAAUUAAAUCUAUCAUUGACAAACAUCCAGACAUCGAAGACGAGGUCAGAAAAAAAUUGCCAGUCCAAGACUUGAUGUCGCUCCAGAAAGGACUUCUUUAUUUAAAAAUGAAUAUUUUAAAAAUAUUGUCAAAACCGGGAAUACGUUUUGAAGACGGUUCACUGGCUUUCUCUCACGCACGUAUCCACUUAGAAGCUUUCAAAAAUUAUGUAGUGAAACAGGGAGAAGCCUUAUUGGAUUCUCAAAACUGGAAGUCUGUUAUUGAAUAUGUCAUAUUAGCAUGGAGAUAUGUUAGAGUUUUAUCUAUAUGUAAUCAUCGGAUACAAAUUCCCUACAGUAAGAAGUGCUUCGAAGCGCUGUCUGAUUUUUGCAUGACGGCUCUCAAAAAAGGAAAUUUAGAAAAGGAUCUAUUGAUUGAUACUCAAGAUAAGCUACAACGCAUGGUUGCCGACAGCGGAGACAUCCAAUUAUGUAUAGAGCAAAUUCAAGAACAACUCUCGGAUUCGUGAACAUCUUAAAAGUAAUAUCUAAUGGAGUGCUUUUUAUAUUUUGUUUUUGUCUGUUAAUGAAAAAAAUAUAAAUAAUCUGCAUUAUUUCAUUUGUAUAUACAUGAGUGUAUAUAACAAAGCAGGGGUGUCUGCCUGGUUUUUAGACAUAGCGAUGCCAGUAUUACUGAUAUCAUUUAAUUUGUCUUGGUUCAUCCUUUGUUAUGAUGAUCCUUUGUUAUGAAAUGUAGUAAUUUCGAAUAAACUAAUUA